UACUCCAACAAGCAAAAUGGUAUCUAAUUUGCCCACAAAUUCAGGCGAGGAGUCAACGAAUCCAUCAAAUGACGUCAAAAUUUCAUUGUGCAUACCAUCUUCAGUAAUCUCGCAGUCCAAUGCUUCGAACUUGGAGCACAUAACACACGUCGCCUAUCAAAUAGCAAAAGCUGCGACGAUCUACAAUGUUGUUGAAAUAGUUACGCUUGAAAUCCCAAGCAAAAGAGAUAGGCAAGAUAAAGCAAGCGAUGCCAAAGAAUCUCAGAUUAGCUUGCCCGGUGACAACGGAAAUAAGAAGAUCAAGUUCAACAGCGUCGCAGAGGAGAAAACGCAAUCUGAUUUUCAAGAACAAACAAAUGAAGGCGGCAAUGACACUACUGAUAAAAACAACGAAAACAAUGCCCUCUUACUCGCAAGUCUCUUACAAUACUUCGUGACGCCUAAGUACCUUGUGAAGUCUGUUUUUCGAAACAGCCCCCAUGUGAAGAAGUUUAAAUACGCGGAAAAGCUUCCUACGCUUACUGCUUUACCAUUCAUGAAAAAUGAAGGUGUUAGAAAGGCUUUCAAAGAGGGCUUUACUGUUGCCAAACAAGCACCUAAGAUCAGGAAGAAGAGUAAGAAGAGCAGCGCAGUAAAGAAGUUGAGGGUUACCAAAUACGUGAAUAUUGGCGACUCGAAGCUCUUCGAACUAUCUGGUCCAGAGGUACCAACAAAUGUAAGAGUCACCGUUGACUUGAAAAAUAAGCGUGUGGUCAGUCCCGAAUCCGCCUACGCAAUGACAGCAUGUAAGGCAUCUUACGGCUAUCACGUUAGAUUGGCGAAAACAGUAACCUCUGUGUUCACCGAGCUGAGUCAUGCUGAUGGAUACACAGAGUCAAUUUUUGUGAAUGCCGAUAAUUUCUUUGGCGAUAUCUCUGAAGUACACAUUCCAGAAAAAAAGAAUGAUUGGCAAGGGCAGAUAUUGUUGGUAAUUGGAAGUCUAAACGAUUUGGAAUAUGUUUUCAACCAAGAAUCCAUUGAUGAAAUUGAUUCUAUAGCCGAGAUGUUUGACGGGCAAAUGAUUGUACCGCCAGGUCUUCGCAUCGAAGACGCUGCUUUUGUUAGUUUGGCAAAGUUGUAACGCAUUUAUGACACAUGAUUCUAGGCUUUGCAUACAAUUCCUACUGUUUUAUUCAAUAUCUGUUGUAACCAGUUGAGAAAAGAGGUGAAGAAAAUCAUUUUUCGGCUUCGAAGCGCGAGUGACACUUUGGAAGUGACAAAAUCUCAAUAGUCAAAUGAUCUCCUUUGCUGUAUACGCAUGAGUAUUUAGUCUUUUCUGGUUGAUAAAAACAAACACGCGGUCUUGUAUAUAGACUAUUUAUUUGUUUAUGUUAUUCACCAUGUCAGUUGUCGAG